AUAUGGUUCAUAAAAAUGUUUGUAUAAAUUUCAUGUAUUUUGCUUUGCACUUGCAGCAUCUUCACAUUCUUCACUCUCACUCCACUGAGAAAGCCGAUUGUUUGUUGAGUGUAGACUGUAGAGUAAAUGUAAACAAAACAAGUAGUAUUUAGGAUGGAAGCGGAGUGUUCCAACGCCGAUGAUGGACAAUUGUCUACAGAAGAUUUACCAGAAGAAGUGUUAGAACUUAUUUCAAGUGAACAAGUGUUUAGGAUGGAAGCGGAAUGUUCCAACUCCAGUGGACAAUUGUCCAUUGGAGAUUUACCAGAGGAAGUGUUGGAAUUUAUUUUAUCUUUGCUUCCUCCCUAUGGGGAUUUAAAUAAUUGUAUGCGAGUUUGCAGGAAGUGGAGAAGAUGUGUGUUAAAUGUUGCUAAAACAAAGCAAAGAAAUUUCCAAAAAGCUAUCAACGAUUUUGACAUAAGAUGGAACCUAGUAACUCCACAAGACAUGAGUCCACCGACCAUCACCAAAAGAUAUUCUCACACAGCAGUCAUUUGUGAUGAUUCCAUGUACGUUUUUGGUGGGUGUACCAGUGCCAUGACAACAUUCAAUGAUCUUUGGAAGUUGAAUUUGUCAACAAGAACUUGGGGGAGGCCUCUUGCAAUGGGAACUUAUCCGUCACCUAAAGCUUGCAGUUCUCUGGUGCAUUAUAAGGACUAUUUAGUUUUAUUUGGUGGUUGGACUUACCCACCCACCUACCCUCUCUACCAAGGUUGGCAUUUAUUCAACGAACUCCACAUCUACGAUAUCAAAGCCAAUCGAUGGACUUGUGUAAGUACAAUCCGUACUCCUCCACCUGUAGCAGGCCAUUCCGUUUCAGUGGUUGGCGAAUGGAUGAUAAUUUUUGGCGGUUUACAGAAACCUAGUACUGCUGUGCACUGUGAAAAAUCCAAUGAUAUUUGGAAGUUGCAUUUAGAAACGUGGACUUGGUAUAAGCAAGAAGUAGAAGAUGGUCCAAAACCGCACGGUAGAUUUGGACAAACUCAAGUGAUAUUAGAUGAUACGAAUUUACUAAUUUUGGGAGGUUCAGGUGGUCCUAAUAGUCAGUUUUGUGACUGUUGGAUAUUAAACAUGGUAGGAAAUUUAUGGAGAUGGAUUAAAGUGGAUAUUGUGGGCAAGUCAAAUGAACCUGUCAAUGUUUGGAGUAAUCCGGGAUGUAAGGUGGGAGAUAAAGUUGUUGUCUUGAACAGGAUAAGACAAAAUGACGAAAAUCCAAUAGUAUAUUAUCCAAGGAGUCAAUGGAAUCUGACAUCAGAAGACAGCAGAUUGUCAAGGAUUGAUUUGGCAAAUAGAAGACCAGAUGUAGAUGAAAAUGUAAAUGGGAGACGAGGCAAUUUAAGGAAUUCCAAAAGAGAAGCGGAAGAGCAUGACGAAUCUGUUCCAGGUCCAUCUUUCGUUGCUAAUAAUAUUCCCGAAAUAAGAGUGAGUCAAUUUGUUCCACAAUCAGUUCCGAUGGCAGCUUUUCAAUCCUCUCAAAUCGGCAUGCACCAAAGAAAUCUUCUGCGUGAAAGAAGAAUCCAAACUUUACAAUCUAUAAAAUUGAAACUAAAAAAGAAUUCAUUACAAACAAGUAAAAAUGAAAAACCCCGACGUUUGGGCAUCUAUGUGCUUGACCUUUCAGAAGUAUUAAGCAAGAACCCAAGAGCAACAUGGUUGCCACCGAAUAAUCUAAAUAAUGGAACUGGAGAAACCAUUUUGUAUACUCUCAUGAAAGGUAGAUCUGAACUGAUAAUGUUUGGAGGAAUUCUGAAAGACGCCAAUUUUUCGUCAACAUCAAAUUUGAACCAUCAAAUAUCAAAUUCCUUGCAUUUUAUUACGGCACCCAACUAUGUGAUAUAGUUUAUGUUUAUAGAAUAAUAAAGUUGUCAAAUAGAGAUGAUUAUGCUUAGGAAGAUAAGUGUGUGCUUAUUAUACAAAUUUGUUUUUUUUUUA